AUGACUGGUACUGGUCGCGAGCUGGCUACAGAGGGUGCCGUCGUCACACGUAUCCCCUCUGAACCCGACGAGAAGAACGUUGCAAACAUCGGUAGUCACCCUACUCAGGAGUCUGACAAACCUAAGGAUUUUCCAUUAUCUUGGAAACUUACCGCUCUCGCUUGUGGUGUCGCCCUCUCCUUCGGAUCGUCGUUCGCAGAGAACAUCCUGGGGCCGCUCAAGUCCACGUUGAGAAAGGAGCUUGAAAUCGACAAUGCUCGGUACGGAGCUAUCUCCUCGGCUACUUCGCUCGUGAAUACAAUCCUCCCUAUUAUAGGUGGAUAUGGGCUGGACUAUUAUGGCGUUGAAUGGGGCUCAAUGGCUUGUUCUAUCGCCAUCUUCAUCGGCGCUGUAGUCUCGGCAGCUGGUUCUAACCAAGACUCCUUCAGCCUUGUCUUGAGUGGCCGAAUCAUCAUGGGUUUCGGCAGCACUGUCAUUGAGUCUUGUACAUCCAAGAUCCUAGCCCAUUGGUUUCAGCACCGAGGGCUUGGUCUAGUGUAUGGACUGGACUUGUCAAUUGGAAAACUGAUUGUGCUUAUUGCCAAGGCCACUGCGGUCCCGAUGCGAGAUGCUAGCUCGUUCUGGGGCUGGGCACUGUGGAUUCCAGCUAUCGUCUGCUUCGUCAACCUUCUGCAAAACGCUUUCUACUUCUGGUGGGCCCGCUCACGACCAGAAUGGGCACAGAUUCCCACCGGCCAGCAAGUAGCCAUGGAAGCUAGCCAGCGUGAGUGUUCGCAGGCUGAAGGCGAGGAAGCUGUUGCUCCCAAGAACGCAGGUCUCCGUUGGUACACUCCCCUCACCAACUGGAAGAUCCUCAUGCAUGUGCCACGUUUCUUUUGGCUGGUUGUGUGCACCCAGAUUCUACAAGCCGGCGUCGUCGGCAGCUUCAACGGUCUCAACGCCGACAUCAUCCGUUUGACUCGGGGUUCCACCGACCAGAUCGCCGGUUAUACAUCAGCCGUGCAGCAGGUCAUCCCCGUCAUCUGCGCGCCCUUGCUCGGUUCUUUCUUCGAUUUCUUCGGUUACAGGAUGCUGUUUGUGAGUGUGACAUCAGCUAUUUGGAUCUUGGUGUACUGCCUCAUCGGGUUCAGCCAUGUCAACGCCCUAGGCGUCAUGGUCAUCGCAUCUCUGGCCUCGGCCAUGAAUGCCCUGCCCUUCCUAGCCUCCAUCCCCCUAAUGGUACCUAACCAAACCGAACUGGGGCUUGUCUUCGGCAUAUGGAAGGCCUUUAACAACAGCGGAAGCGUCGUUGUUGACAUGAUUGCCGGCAGGCUGCAAGACGUCACACCUGGAGGAACAUAUGAACGAGUCGUUGCAUUCUUCGUGGCCUGCAAGGCUUUGGAAUUCUGCCUAGGCCUGUUUUAUGGUGUACUUGACAGAAAAUACCUCGGAAGCAUUCUCUCCAUCAGUGAGAAGAAGCGCAAAGAACUGGAACAGGAUGACAAAAUUAACGAAACUAUUGGACACAAGCCUGGGAAACUGUUCACUGUAGCAGGACUCUCCCUACUCUGUUGUUUGGUUGUCAUUGCCUGGGUUCUCUUUAUUCUCUACUCAUUGUAG